UUGUUGCUUCCUUGACAACAAAAAACAACAAUGAGGUCUCCAUGUUGUGAUGACCAUAACAUAAAGAAAGGGCCAUGGACACCUGAGGAGGAUCAAAAGCUGAUUGAUUACAUCAACAGAAAUGGCCAUGUGAAUUGGAAAUCAAUCCCAAAACAAGCGGGAUUGAAUAGGUGUGGCAAGAGUUGCAGACUCAGAUGGACAAACUAUUUGAGGUCAGACAUCAAGAGAGGACACUUUACGGAGGACGAAGAGCGAAUCAUCAUCAAACUCCAUUCAGUUCUUGGAAACAAGUGGUCAAGGAUUGCAAGUCAUCUUCCAGGGAGGACAGACAAUGAAAUAAAGAACUUUUGGAACACCCAAAUUAGGAAGAAACUACUUCAAAUGGGGAUUGAUCCAAACACCCACAAACCCAGAACAGAUCUCAAUCAUCUCCUCAAUCUCUCUCAGCUUCUUUCAACCGCCCAAUUCGCCAAUCCAAUGAGCAUUAUUAGUCCAUGGCAGAAUAAUAAUGUUCAACUAGCUCAAAUUCAGUUAUUGCAAAAUCUAUUGCAGCUUAUGAACUCUUCAACCACACUGCUUUCUUCAGGACCUCAAAACCCUAACCUUGUCAAUUUGAUUGCUUCCUCCAUUAGUAAACCUCAUGAGGGUUUGUUUAAUAACCCACUUAGUGUACCACCUCAGGCAAUAUCUAAUGAGUCAGAAUUUAAUAUUGGGGCAUAUUUUGAAGGUGGGUUUGGCCUAAAUAACCCUGAAACCCACAAUAAAAGCUUGGGGAGUGCUUCUUUAGAUGUUAAAACAGAAACCAUAAUUCCUGCAUUGGUUGAAGCCUCUCCUGUGCAAAACAAGAGCAGCAGCACCCCAACAUCUCUCCUCUCCGCCGCUGUCUCGCCUGCCGAUAACGAUUUCUUUGAAGAUUUGGAGAGAUUCUUGGAUGAUGGAGAUGGAACCAGUGACCCCUAUUGGAAAGAGAUUCUAGACUUGGCAUCAUCAUCACAAUCACCUUGCUAGAAGAACAACACCUACUUAUGUAGAUUAUAAAUUCUUUUGUUGGAGAUUUAUAUAUGUAAUUGUUUGUAUUUUCAUUUUUUUUAUGAGAUAGUGUUUCUUGUCAAUAUCAAUAAAAGUUUAUUGUUU